AUGCAGUCUCAGCAAGGUCAAAAUGGAAAUGCUGAUGUCGUGGGACUGGCAGAGGAGAUGCAAGGCCCCGUCAGGAAGCUGAACGACUGCGUUGAGAUGGUGUAUGACUUCCUUCUGAAGCUCAACCGUCGUCCGUUCAUCAAGCGGUUUCUGCGUAGCGACGAGAUCCAGCAGGAAAUUCAAGCAUGCGACAAGGCGCUUGGCGAUGCGAUGCAGAUGUUUAGCAUUUCAAUCCAACUAAGAAUCCUCAAAGAAUGUAAACGCCUCGCGAGAGAGACGCAUCUUGGCGUUGGGUACCAUGCGCAGGGGCACACUCCUCCACCUAUAUAUGCAUCUCCCUCGUCACAGACCCUACCCAUUUCCCUAGACCGCACCCCAAGGGUCGAGAUAUCAGCACUUCCUAAACCGCAUGACAUUCUCCCAGCGGUACCUGGGAUAAGCAGGAGUCCUCCAGCACAGAAUCCACCAUUAUCCGCACUCCAAUCCACACAAACACAAACUGACAACACUGUCUCACCCUCCGAUGCUCCGAUCUCCCCUCUCACUGAGCUUCAGGACCUUCACAUUGCCGAAAAUGCUUCUGACAGAGAACAAGAUCGUGCACUGUUCCACAGCACACUCCAACGUGCCAUUAGUGCUCGAAGGGACGACGAGGUGUUACAGGUACUAGAAGUGCGCCCUGGAGAGGUGCCCGAGGCACUAAAGGCGCUUCGGAGGGCUGAGGAAACUUUGAGAAGGGAAAGGGAGGCUAAUGCAAGACGAGGGGGAGACGUAAUUGACGAAGGCCUGGAGAGAGUGUUCAUGGAGACUGGGAUUGAGGCUAUGACGAGGAUGAGUAGCGUUGCCCUACAGAAGGCAAAGGAUCAAGAUGUGGAUGUUCCCUGGGAUUUACCACCUUGGACUAUUACCCGCUACGAAGUUGACCGCUUGACCAUGAUCGGUAGGGGCUCCUUCUCCAAAGUCUACCUUGGGAGCUGGUCUGGGCGGCGUGUCGCCAUCAAAGUCCUCUCGCUUCACACCCCUGCACCCCUCUUCAGGAAAGCGGUGGAGAUAUGGAGGAAACUGAAGCAUGAGAACGUGUUGAGAAUGUGGGGUGCGAGCAGCGCGCAAGGUGAACGACCGUGGUUCAUCGUGAGCGAGUAUUGUGGCGGCGGGAGUUUGGUGGGGUGGUUGCGAGAGAGGAAGGGGAGAGUUGGUGAAGGGGGCGCGUUGACUCCUCCGAGUGCAGGUGUCAAGGGUGAUGUGGAUCUUCUCCGGUGCAUGCACCACAUCUCGAAGGGGAUGAUGUACUUGCAUGAUCAGAAUGUGUUGCAUGAAGAUCUCAAGGCUUCGAAUGUGUUGGUUGAUGACAACGGGCGGUGUGUCAUCUCUGACUUUGGGCAGAGCGAGAUGAAGUGGGAGGCGUCAAGUGGGAGCAGGAAGCCCAUUAUCAACGGGACGUUACGCUGGCAAGCACCAGAACUACUCGAUGGACCCAUGAAGUUGUCGACAGCUACGGAUGUCUAUGCGUUCUCCAUCUGCUGCAUCGAGAUUCUUGGUAUGGGCGACCUUCCAUACGGACAUCGCGACGACAAGCUUGUUGCAUUCCUUGUCCAAUACCAAAACAAGCGUGCCGAGAUUCCCUCGACACCCAUCACUUCACUUGUGGAACCUCUCAUUCAGGAAUGUUGGGUUCGGGAUCCAGAGCAACGUCCUGUGUUUACACACAUUGCUGCGACGCUCAGGCGACUUCGUAAGCAUCACGGAGGGGUGGAGGAAUCUCCUAUCCCAGUGCAGGCCGAGCUGCUUUCGAAGGCUUUGUCAGAGGCGGCCUAUCACUCCCCAACCAUGCAUCCUCAAGAGCUACCAGAGACGUCUCCAUCUACCCUGCAAGAGGGUCAGGACAUGUUGGACAAUGACCAGGAUGCAAGUGUGGGAGACGAGUUUGGUACUGCGUCUGAGGAACCCUUCCAUCCAAUCGGACAGCCAUGCAGCAAUCCGUCGCAUCAUUGGGAACCUACCGUGGACGCUCAUACGGGGAAUAUGGAGAUGCCCGACAGCAGGUAUUCGGGGAUCGCUAUAUAUACGCCGUCUCGCAAAUUAUCUUUGGCGGAGAGUGAUUCGAUAAGUAGUGCCUCGUCGCAUCUCACGUCAAGUCCAGAACUUGAACACAGCGCGUUGGAGGAGGCUCGACAUCGUCGUCGUUCGCACCAUGUUGCCUUGGGGUACGAUUUGUCUCUGCCGAUGGAUGAGCAACUCGCAGAGAGGAGAAACGAGUUGCGGUUCAGAUCAUUAGCGCAGUCGUGUCAUGGGUUCCAUCAUUCCCUUACCUUACCACUUUGGUCACCUUCUCAUGUCGAGCUGGGUGCGGUGGGAUAUCUCUCUGCACCAAAAGGGGAGUUUAUCACGCUCUUCAACGCCAUGAAGCCCCACCAAACAGCGGGGAGCAAAAUCAUGAAUAUUCCUUCGUUAGGCGGAUACCUCGAGGGACCUAUUCCCAGAGGGCAGAAGUUUGAUUCGAUGCGCACGAUGAAGCAGAGGGGGCUUGAGCUCAUUUCCGGGUUGUUGACAUUCCCGCUGAUAGAUCGUGAUGGGUCAUAUUCGGAACGCAUUUCGAGGCGUCACCCGUUCCCCCUUCGAGCGGGUCAUAAGGCAGCAUUUAUUUAUUCGGAGUCAACGAUGUACCGAUUCAUAGAGGACCUCGCAGCACCAAAAGAAUGGUUCAAGGCUAAUGUCAAUGCCGUUGUCAAGGAGUAUGCUCCUUAUCAUCCCAUCCAAAAAGAAGACGUUAUUUUGGUUUUCGGUACUUUGUCUGCACCGGAAUAUGCGCUCUUCGUGAGCCACUCCCAUCCGAACGGCCAAGCUCAUUUCAACGUCUUUUCGGAUCGUCAGAGUGGUCGACCAUGGGGCACCUUCACCACAGAUACCGAGUACCCUUCUGAUGAGGGCGGGCCCUCGUACAUUGAGGAGAUACCCCGAAAGGCAGUGUUUGCGAGUAAAGUGUCGCCAGUGCGGUUGAAUGGUGGAUCUGACGACAAGGACUGGGACACGUUGGUGUUAGCCAGGCUUCGCUUCCCUACGGACGCGAUGGAGCCUACUUCGCAGUAG